AGCAGGGGUGAUUACAUGGGUCGCAUUCAGGAAGUGGGCUGGGUGACUGCAGGACUGGUGAUCUGGGCUGGUACCUGCUACUACAUUUACAGAUUAACCAAGGGAAGAGCCCAGAGUGUGAGGAGACUUGCCAGCAAUGGGUCUAGAGUCAAAAUGGAGACUCUGGCUGGGGUACAGAACCAGACCUUGGCCACGAGUGAAGCAAUGGAAGGGGCAGAGAUUGAGACUAGAUCCAAGGCCAAGACUGGAGCAGGAACUGGAACAGGAGGUGGGGCUGGGGCUGAAGUAGAGACUAAGGCCAGUGCUAGGGCCAGACCCAAAGCCAACUCUCAGGACAAGGCAAUGGCUGGGGCAGAGGCAGAGGUCCAAUCUGAAGUCAAAAUAGUGGUCAUGACAGAGGCAGUGACUCUGGCUGAGGCCAAAGUCAAAGCCAAGGAAGUGGCCAUGAAAGAGGCAGUGACCCAAACUGACUCUGAGGCUGAGAGAGUAGUCAAGAAAGAGGCAGUGACCCAGACCAAGGCUAAAGCUUGGGGACUGUUUGUCAGGGAAGAGGCCAAGAAAGAAGCAAUGACCCAGACCAAAGUUGAAGCUUAUAUAUUUGCUGAAAAAGAGACAGAGAUGAACAGAGUACUGAUGACACAGAAUGAGGCCUUGGCAAUGACCAGAGAAUUGGCCAAGAUGAAUGCCAUAAACAAGACUGGAAUUGUGGCUGAGACCAAAACAAGAGCCCUGGAAAAGACUGUGAAUGUGGUCAAGACUCAGUCUGAGGCCAGGCCUGGUACCACAGUUGAUGCUAAGGGAAAUCUUAAUACCAUAUCCAGAGCGGAAGCUGGAGUUGAUAUAAGGUCUUAUGUACCAUCUCAGCCUGUGGCCAAGGUCCAUAUUGAUGAUGUGCCUUCUGCUGGAGUUAAAGCCAAGGGAAAUCGCACAAUGAUAUCUCGGGCAGGGUCUGGGGCAGACAGGGCUUCUGCCCAGUCUCAGAUUGUAACCAAGGCUCAGGCUGAGAGCAUGGCUGGGGUAAGGGUAGAUGCUGGGGGUAAUACUAAUGCCAUGUGUAAGGCAGGAACAGAUAUGAGAGCUUCUACACAACCUCAAACUGUAGCCAAGAAACAGGCUGAGGCAAUGUCUGGUGCCAGGGUUGAUGAUAGGGGAAAUACCGAUGUCACAUCUAGGGCAAUGUCUGGAGCUGAAAUUAAGGCUGUUGCUCAGCCUGAGACUAUUCCUGAUGCUAGGGUUAAGGGUAGAGGCAAUUCCAAUGCCGUAUCUAAAACAGGGGCCAAGGCAAACUUGAGGGUCAUUUCUCAGGCUGAGGCUUUGCCUGAUUCCAGGAUUAAGACCAGAGGCAAUUCCAAUGCCAUUUCUAAAGUAGGGGCUGAAACAGAUAUAUUGUCCUAUACACAGCCUCAACCUAUGGCCAGUGUCCGGGGUGAUGCCUUUUCUGAUGUCAGGAUUAAGGCUGGCAAUGCCAGCACCAUGUCUAAGGAGGAGGCUGGGACAGACACAAAGGCACAGUCUCAGGCUUCUGCUGUGAGCCAAGUUGAGGCCUUACCUAGUACUAGAGCUAAGGCUAGGGGCAAAGCCAAAGGCAAGAGUAAGGCAAAGGUUGGGAUAGACAUGAAAACCUGUGCACAGCCUCAGAGGGGGGCCAAGACCCAAGAUGAUGCUUUGCCUGAUUCUAGGGUUGAUGACAGGGGAGAUCCUAAUGGGUUGAGGGCCGGGGCUAAGGCAGAAAUAAGGGCCUGUGGUCAGCCUCAGGUUAUGGCCAGUGCCCAGGAUGAAGCCUUGUCUGGUAUCCAGAAUAAGGUCCAGGGCAAUCCCAAUGCUGUGUCUAAGGUAGGGACUGGGCCAGACACAAUGGGCUCUGCCAAGCCUCAAACAGAUACAACAGGAUCUGCUUGGCCCCAGGCUGUGGCCAAUUCUCAGGGUGAGGCCCUACCUGGUGCCAGUAAUAAGGUCAAGGGAAAUCCCAAUGCCCUGUCUAAGAUAGAGACUGGAGCAAAUAGGACAGGUUCUGAACAACCCCAGGCUAUGUCAAAUUUCCAAGUCGAAGGCUUGGUUGGUGCCAGGAAUAAGAUCAGAGGAAAACCCAGUGCUGUGUCUAAGUCAGGGGUUGGGCCAGAUACAGUGGGCUCUGCCCAGCCCCAGGCUAUGGCCAAUUCCCAGGAGGAGGCCUUGCCUGGUGCCACGAAUAAGCUCCAGGGCAAUCCCAAUGCUGUGUCUAAGGCAGAGACUGGAGCAAAUACAAUGGACUCUGUCCAGCCACAGGCUGGAUCAAAUUCCCAAGGUGAAGCAUUGCCUGGUGUCAGUAAUAAGGUCAGGGGCAAACCCAAUGUGUCUAAGGCAGGGGCUGGGCCAGAUAAAACAGGCUCUGCCCAGCCCCAGGCUGUAGCUAGUUCCCUGGGUGAGGACUUACCUGGUACUAAGAAUAAGGUCAAGGGCAAUUCCAAUGCUGUGUCUAAAUCAGGGGCUGGGCCAGAUACAGUGGGCUCUGCCCUGCCCCCAGCUAAGGCCAAUUCUCAGGGUGGGGCCUUACCUGGUGCCAGGAAUAAGGUCAAGAGCAAUCCUAAUGCUGUGUCUAAGUCAGGGGCUGGGCCAGAUACAGUGGACUCUGCCCAACCCAAAGCUGUGACCAAUUCACAGGGUGAAGCCUUACCUGUUGCUAGGAAUAAGGUCAGGGACAAUCCCAAUACUGUGUCUAAGACAGAAGCCAGUGCAGAUGCAACAGGCUCUGCCCAGCUCCAGGUUGUAUCUAAUUCCCAAGGUGAUAUCUUGCCUAGUUCCAGGAAUAAAGUCAAGGGCAAUGCCAGUGCUGUAUCUGAGGCAGUAGCUGGUCCAGAUGUAAUAGGCUCUCCCCAGCCACAGGCUGUGCCAAAUUCACAGGGUGCAGCCUUGUUUGGUACUGAGAUUGAGGUCAGGGAGAAUCCCAAUGUUGUGUCUAAGGCAGAGGCCAUGGCAGAUGCAACAAGCUCUGUCCAGCCUCAAGCUGUGGCCAGUUCUCAGGGUGAUGCCUUGCCUGGUGCCAAGAAUAAAGUCAGGGGCAAUUCCACUGUGUGCAAGUUAGAGGCUGGAGCAGAUACAACAAGCUCUGCUCAGCCCCAGGCUUCAGACAGUUCCCAUGGUAAGGCCGUUCUUGGUGCCAGGAGUAAGGUCAAGGGCAAUCCUAAUGCUGAGUCUAAGGUAGAGACCAGGACAGAUACUAUGGGCUCUGGCCAGCCUCAGUCCAUGGUCCUUUUCCAGAGUAAGCCCUUGCUUGGUGCAAAGGACAAAGCUAUAUCCAAGUCUAAGGCAGAAGCCACAGAAGAAGGUGUUGUCUAUGCAAAUCCCAAGCCUAAGGCCAUGCCCACUUCUGAGAGUGAGGGUGGGACUGGUGCUCAGGCCUGUGGAAAGACACAGCCUAUGGUCCAUGAGUAUUACUGGAGUGGAAUUGGUAUUGAAGAUUGGAUUGCUUCUGAGCGAUGGAUCAAAUUUAGGUUUCAAGUCAGGGAUGGAUACUGGGACAAUAGCAUGUCUUGGGCUGAUGAUAAGAAUGAAGCCAGUAUUGAGUUGUGGAGUGGGGCUAGUGAUAAGUCUGGUAUUAGGUCCUGGGCUGGGGCUAGGGCUGAGAAUGAGGUUGGUAUUGGAUCCUGGGAUAGAUCUGGGGACCAAGCUAGUGGGGAUCUCUGGGCUAGAGACAAGGCCAUUGGAGGUUCCUGGACUGGGGCUGAGAACCAGGUCAGUGGGGGUUCUUGGGUUGGCUCUAGGAACCAGGCUACUGGGGAACCCUGGACGGGAGGUCAGGUCAGUAAGGGUUCCCUGGCUGGGGGCCAGGACAGUGGGGUGUCGUGGGUUGGAGAAGAGGCCAUUGGAGGGUCCUGGACAGUGUCUGAGAAUCAGGCCAAAGGAGGGUCAUUGCCUGGGGUUCAAGAGCAGGUCAGUGGAAGGUACCAGGAUGGGGAUGGGAUUCAGGCAAAUGGAAGUUCCUGGACUGAGGCUAGGGCUGGAAAUGUGCCUAGUAUUGGGUACUGGGCUGAGGCUGUGGACAAGGCUAGUGGAGGGUCCUGGGUUGGGACUGAUGAUACAUCUAGUGGUGAAUCCAAGCCUAGAUUUGAUAAUCAGGCCAGUGAAAAUGUAUCCUGGGCUGGGGCUGGUGGCCAGGGCAGUAGAGGGUCCAGAUUGGGGUCUGAGGACCAGUCCAAUGGAAGGUCCUGGGCUGACACUGCAGAUCAAGCCAGUGGAGUGUCCAGGUUGGGGCCUAUGGACCAGUCCAGUGAUGGGUCCUGUGCUAGGGCUGGGGAACAGGCUGAUGGAGGGUCUAGGCCAGGGUUUGUGGAUCAGUCCAAUGUUUGGUCCCGGGAUGACACUGGGAAAAAGGCUAGUGGAAGGUCCUGUAUUGAGGCUGUGGAUCAGACAGGUAGCUGUUCCAAACCUGGAUUUGAGGAUCAGGCCAGUGGAGGAGGGUUCCGGGCUAGCACUAGGGAUGAAGCUGGUAGAAAAUCCUGGCCUAGAUCUAGGUUAGGGCCUGAGAAUCAGACAAGUGGAGGGUCCCGGGCUAGGGUUGGGGAUCAGGCCAGUGGAAGGUCCCAGGUCAGUGCUGGGAUGGAAGCCAAUGAAGGAUACUGGUUUGGGGCUGGGAAUGAGGCUAGUACAGGGUCCUGGUUUUGGAGAGGGGUAGAGGCUGGUAUUGUGUCUAGGCCUGGAAGUAAAAAUGAACCCAGUAUUGAAUCCAGAUCUGGGGCUGAGGAAGAGAGCAUCGUUAGUUCCAAAUUUGAGGUUGACGACAAGGCAAAUAUUGGGUCCUGGAUUAGAUCUGAAGAAGAGGCCUUUGUGGACUCCUGUAUGGGAGCUGAGGCUGGAGCUGAGGCCAGGAAAGAGUCUUGGCUCUGGGAUGCAGAUGCAACCACCACAGGGUCUAGGCUUGGAGCUGAGGAAGAGCCUGGCAUGAGGUCCUGGACUUUGGCUGAGGAUAUAGAUGAGCUAAGUAGAGCAUCCAGCCCUGAUAUUGAGGAGAUCAGUUUAAGGUCCUUGUUUUGGGCUGAGAGUGAGAACAGUACUGAGUACAGAUCCAACAGUGAGAAAAAUGUCAGUUUUGAGUGUGGGGCUGGAGAUAAGGCCAGCUCCAAGGAUAAGCUUGAGGCUGCUGGUGGAGUCCAUGUAAAGUCUUGGUUCAAGGAUGGUAAUGAAAACAGAAGGGAAGACAAACCUGCACCUAAGAUGAAAGCCAAAACAUCAUCUGAGUUUAGAGGCACAUAUCCAUCCAUGGUUCCUGGAGCAGGAAUGGGGUCAUGGGCAGGAACCAUGAUCUGGACGGAAAUGAAAUUUCCAUACCAAAAUGAGCCCUGCUUACUCCCUGAAGGUGAGCUCAGAAAGCAGAUCAGGUCUGGAGAGAAAGCUCAGCCCUGGGCCUGCCGCUGUAAACAUAAAACUAAUAUGGAUCCACGAGAGCUUGAAAAACUUAUAUGCAUGAUUGAGAUGACUGAAGAUCCUUCUAUUCAUGAAAUAGCCAAUAAUGCUCUGUAUAACAGUCCUGAUUAUCCAUUUUCCCACGAGGUCAUUCGUAACGCAGGUAGAAUCUCAAUUAUUGAAAGCUUGCUCAAUAAUCCCCACCCCAGUGUUAGGCAGAAGGCUUUAAAUGCACUAAAUAACAUCUCGGUGGCUGCUGAAAAUCAUAGGAAAGUUAAAACAUAUCUAAACCAAGUAUGUGAAGAUACCGUCACCUAUCCCUUGAAUUCAAAUGUGCAGCUGGCUGGACUAAGAUUGAUAAAGCACCUGACUAUUAUUAGUGAAUAUCAGCAUAUGGUUACAAAUUAUAUUUCAGAAUUUUUUCGUUUGUUAACUGUGGGAAGUGGAGAAACUAAAGACCAUAUUUUGGGAAUGCUUUUGAAUUUCUCUAAAAAUCCAUCUAUGACAAAAGAUUUGCUCAUAGCCAAUGCACCAACAUCACUAAUUAAUAUCUUUAGCAAGAAAGAGACAAAAGAGAAUAUUCUUAAUGCUCUUUCACUAUUUGAAAAUAUAAAUUACCAUUUUAAAAGAAGAGCAAGAGUAUUUACCCAGGACAAGUUCAGUAAAAAUUCCCUUUAUUUCGUAUUCCAGCGACCUAAAGCAUGUGCUAAGAAACUUCGAGUCUUAGCAGCAGAAUACAAUGACCCUGAGGUGAAAGAAAGAGUUGAGCUUUUAUUAAGUAAACUCUGAUUAGUUGUGUGUUUUCAUCUAAGUGAUAUUUUGGUUUUGCAGCCUGGGGGUAAUGCACUUUGUAAAAUGCAUUAUAACUUCAAUACUGAUGUUACCUAUGAUGAUCUAUAGCUGCAUCAUUUUAUGAACACCAAAUUGAUUCAAACUUGUACUGAAAAUACAUGUGUUGAUUUUUUUACCUUGUCUGAAGAUGUUUUUAGUAUGCUUCAUGAGCAGAAACUAAGCCAAUUCUUUAUAAGUAAGGUAAUCUUUGGUCCUUU